GCGUGCUGCUUUCAGAGUGCUAAUAGCCUUUUGAUUUAAUAGGUAUAUUCUCACCUUUGUUUACAUAUGCGUGCUCACUAGAGACAGAUGAGUGUGAACUGGCGAACAUGUGUGUGUGUUUGAAUAAAAGCCAGGAAAAGGGGAAGGGCCUCGAGUGAGCGGACAAAAACAGCUGCUCUUGUGUGCUCGGGAAACCUCAUCCAGAGAGAGUGAGCGUGCAGAGACGGACCAGCAGGGUCCAGAUCUCUAUAUGGGUUGUGCCCUGAGUGCGGAUAGCUGUGGGGACGAGCCAGAUCCGGUGCCCGUGAGAGGGUCUUUAAGAAGGGAGAGGGAAAAGUCCAGGGGAAACAUGAGGCUGACCAAGGCGGGGAAGGGCGAGCCCCACGUCUUUAAAGAAAAGACCUUCAAAAAGAAGCGUCAGUGUGGGGUAUGCAGGCAGAGUGUGGAGAAUCUGGGCUCUUUUUGUCGAGUUUGCAAAACAGCCACUCAUAAGAAAUGCGAAGCCAAGAUCAACACAGCCUGCAUCCCAGCGCAGCCCUCCGAACUGCGAAGGGGAACGUCCUCCUCUAGACACAUUCAGCAUCUGGGCUCUACCAAGUCUCUGACCUACACCAAACAGAGAAACACACUCCCAAGAAGCUUCAGUGUGGAUCGGGUGAUGGACAGAGUGAUGGAGAGGCACUAUGAUUUCGACCUCACAUACAUCACGGAGAGAAUCAUCUCUGUCUUUUUCCCUCCCCUGCUGGAAGAACAGCGGUACCGCCUCAACCUCAGGGAGGUGGCAGCCAUGCUCAAGUCCAAACACCAGGACAAAUUUCUGUUAUUCAAUCUGUCCGAGCGAAGGCAUGACAUCACCCGUUUAAACCCAAAGGUUCAUGACUUUGGCUGGCCAGAUAUGCACGCUCCUCCUCUGGAUAAGAUCUGUGCCAUGUGCAAAGCCAUGGAGAACUGGCUGAACUCCGACCCCCAGCAUGUGGUCGUUCUGCACUGUAAGGGCAACAAAGGAAAGACAGGUGUUAUCAUUGCUGCCUACAUGCAUUACAGCAAGAUAUCAGCAGGGGCAGAUCAAGCCCUCAGCACAUUGGCCAUGAGAAAAUUUUGUGAAGAUAAAGUGUCGUCCUCUCUCCAGCCCUCUCAGAACAGGUAUAUCUAUUACUUUGGAGGGCUGCUCUCAGGGGCCAUCAAAAUGAACAGCAGUCCACUCUUCCUCCAUCAGGUCCUCAUUCCCACCAUCCCCAACUUCCAGGAAGAUGGAGGUUUCUUCCCUUUCCUGAAGAUCUAUCAGUCCAUGCAGCUUGUCUACACUUCUGGCAUAUAUGAUCUGCAAGGCUCUGGGAGCAGACGGCUGAUUGUUACUAUUGAGCCUGCAUUGCUCCUGAAAGGAGACAUCAUGGUAAAGUGUUAUCACAGGCGGGUUCAGUCUGCCGAGAGGGACUCUGUGUUUCGAUUGCAGUUUCAUACGUGCACCAUUCAUGGAGCUCAGCUCUGGUUCGGCAAAGGGGAACUGGACGAAGCUUGUUCAGAUGACAGAUUUCCCUCUGAUGCCACAGUGGAGUUUGUGUUUUCAUCCGGGCCUGAGAAAAUCAAAGGGAGGGUGAGCCAGAGGAAUGAUCCAGCUGUCAGCGUGGACUAUAACACAAAUGAUCCGGUGGUGCGCUGGGACUCUUAUGAAAACUUCAAUCAGAGACAUCAGGACAGCCUAGAGGAUAUUGCGCACACACGUGGGCCUCUAGAUGGCAGCCUGUACGCACAGGUAAAAAAGCGACGUGCUGCAGGCUCCACAUCCCUGCCAUCCAGCAAUGGGAGUCCUGCGAGGAGCUCUGAGGAACGUCCAAGUCAGCUUCUGUCUGUUAGCACUGAUUCUGGACACGCAUCUGUCCCACCUGAUCAGCUUGAUGAACCGACUCGGCAGGCCCCGCCUACUCAGCAAGAGAGGGAAGAGCUUGAGCGGCUGCUGGGUGGAAUUGAAGGCGAUGGAGGGAGAGAUCGUGACAGAGAGACGGCCAUUUUGGAUGACGGUGAUUCUUUGCCUCCUGAAAGGACUGGGUCACUUAGGUUAGGCCGUUCAUGCUCAUGUAGGGUGGGCUACCGAUCCCAGCGUUGUGUUGAACCUGGAUGCGAUGGACUCCACCACUUAUCUAAUGGGUACUGCCUUGAUCGUCCCACCACCACUAAUGGACACACAGGGGCUCCAUCUCCAGGGAUGCCAUCCAUCAUAGGGCUUUGCCAACACCACAGUGCCCAUCCUCACCAAUCCCUGCCACCACCAGAUCUGCUCUGGGACCGCCAGCAAGGUCCACAGCACUACCUUCAUCGCACUUGCUCAGAGGGUCCAUCUCGUCACCUUUGUUCAUAUCCGUCCCAAGAGAUCAGUCCCCAUCCACAUAGUCUGUCUCCCCGACUCCUCUGUAGGACAGACGAGUACAUUCCAUACCCCCACCAUCACCACAACCAUCCACACCACCCAAAACCCAGCGGACCCUAUCAUGAUGUUAUGAUGAUAGAUGGCCUGGUGACACCUGGCUGCCCCUGUCGGGACUGCUGCCUACGGCGAGAAGAUUUUCACACCCUCCGUUUAGAAAGAGAAGAGGGAAUACAUUGGGAGAGGGAGGCAGAACUUCACCGGGACCCUAGUUUAAGACGGGGCAGAGAAGCUGAUAUGCAAAGAGGGGCAGAGAUAUGGGACCGGGAGGCAGGGCUAAGAAGAGGCAGAGAAAUGUCUCUGCAUUGGGACAGAGACAGAGAAGCAGAACUACAGUGGGAGAGAGAACGAGAGGCAGAAUACUGGCACAGAAGAGCUACCGUAGCCCCCUACGGGCCUCACGGUCAUGAAUUGCCAGCAUUUAACUUCGACCCACUUCCCGCAGGCCAUCCUGCGUACCCCGAACCCUCCCGGUCCCACUCCCAUGCCCAUCUGGAUCUCAAAUACAGCAGUAGUUCCAGUGGUUACCAGACACCACACCAGACGUGCCCCUGCUCCCCCUACCAGCCAUCACCCUCAGAGAGUCGUGGAUAUGCCUCAGGUUACCAGUCUGAGUCCACGUCCCCUCUUCCACCUCCCUCCGCCUCCUGCCCCGGCCCGGUGCACCAUGCCAGCGGACCUACAGAUAACCAGACAGACUCCCACCCUCAGCAGUACACCUCUGAUACAAAUACAGAUUGCCCUGGUGCAGAUAGCAUAGGCUGGCGUAGUCACAUUACCCACGGUUCCCUGCGGCGGACACAUCGAGAUCCACAUGCCCCAUGUUCAACACCCUCUGAUAUUUCAGGACCUCCAACACCAGUCCACACAAGCAGCCCUUUGCGAACCCAGGAGAGUCCAAGCCUGAGUGUCCGUGAAUAUGACUCACGAGAGGUCAACAGUGAAAGCAGUUCAUCCCAGUCCCAAAACAGGAUGCACCCAUCUGCCCUACAGUCCAACAGUACCAGUCCAGGGUCUCGGCAAACUGUCCUUUCAUCCAGUCAAGAGAUUCCUGAGAUACACCCCUUUCCUGCCACACCCUCCGCUGCCCAACAACUCUCUGCCCAUUCUUCUCCAACAACACCUCCCACCCCACAAAUCUCAGCGGAACACUCUGCCCCUCUAACACCCCCAUCAGAAUCCACCCAAUCACAAACAAACAGAUCACCUACUGCUGCUACAGUGCCACCCACAGGGGAAAUGGUAACACAAUCAACUGAGACUGUUACACCAGCACGCUCACCAGAUCCCUCUUCUCCCAUCUCGUCUGAGUCCAUCCCAGCUCAUUCGCAGAGCAACGGAGUAUUACCAUCUCCUGAAAAUGCUUCUUCAGCUCCUGUGUCCCCUCAACCGUCCACCGCUGAACACGAGAGCUCUUCUUCCCCUGAACCCCCAGUGCCUGGAUUCGCCACGUUGGGCAGGAAGCUGAUGUUGGGCUCUGAAACCUCACUACCUACAGGACACAGUAUAGACGGCAGCCCCAGCUCCACUCCCACCUUUCCCAUCUCUCCAGCCUGCUGCACCCCAUCUCCUCCACCAGGCUCCUAUCCAGGGUGCCCAGCAGCCUCGGUCCCACAGCCUCCCCUUCCUGAGAAACGCCGUCCAACCGGAAUGCCGGGAUCUCCCAACGGGAGGUCUGGAACGUUGAGGGCAUCCAUGAGUCAUCAGCCCUCCGGGCAACACCACGUUACAUUCUCACCUUCAGUAGGAGAGCUGACCGUGCCCGCUGGACAGGGAGAAGUUGGUGUGGAGGGUGAAAUGGGCAGCCGUGUCAGUGUGAAAUUUGUGCAGGACAGCUCUCGAUUUUGGUAUAAACCUGGCAUCUCCAGAGAGCAAGCUAUUGCAGCACUGAAGGAAAGAGAGCCAGGGGCCUUCCUCAUCCGAGACAGUAACUCUUUCCAGGGGGCCUACGGUCUGGCCCUGAAAGUUGCGAGCCCACCCCCCAACGUCAAUAACCAUAGCACCAAAGCAGGAGACCCUCUGGAACAGCUGGUUCGACACUUCCUGAUUGAGACGGGGCCUCGAGGAGUGAAGAUUAAGGGCUGUCAAAAUGAGCCCUACUUCGGGAGUCUUUCAGCACUGGUGUAUCAGCAUUCCAUUACACCUAUCUCUCUGCCCUGUGCCCUCCGCAUCCCAGAGAAAGACCCAAUAGGUGAAGUCGUGGAGGUUCAGCCAGUCAGUAACAUGAGCACAGCUGCAGACCUUCUGAAACAGGGAGCAGCCUGCAACGUGCUGUACCUGAACUCAGUUGAGACUGAGUCUCUCACGGGACCCCAGGCCAUCGCUAAGGCCACUGGGGCCACAGUGUCACGCAUCCCUCGGCCCUCCGCGACAGUGGUCCACUUUAAGGUGUCAGCCCAGGGCAUUACGCUGACAGAUAGCCAGCGCAGGGUGUUUUUCAGGAGACAUUAUCCAAUCAACAGUGUGACUUUCAGCAGUGUGGACCCACAAGACAGGAGGUGGACUAACUCAGACAGCACGACCUCUAAAGUAUUUGGCUUUGUUGCCAAGAAGCCCGGCAGCGUGGCGGAGAAUGUGUGCCAUCUUUUUGCAGAGCUGGAUCCCGAACAGCCUGCGACUGCCAUCGUCAACUUCAUUAACAAAGUAAUGCUGGCACCACAGAGACGCUAGAGGACGAGGAGGAUCUCGUUUAUCUUCACGUGCACUGCCGCACAUCACAAGACUGUAAUGUUGCACCUUCUGUCAACUUUAAGGCUUUCAUAACUGAAGACAAGGGCUUUACGGUUGACUAACGUGAUACCAAAACACAUUAAAACCAAAAUAUACAGAAUGUAACCAAACUAAAGCCAGCAGUCUGUUGUGGUUUAGCUUUUUUUUUUUAGAGCUGUUUUAGUGUUCAUGGGAUUGUAAAUGAUUUUUUAUGAAACAGUCACCAAGAUUGUUAAAUAACCCUGGCCGCAGGGGUUUUCAAAAAUAUUAAGCACUGUUAUUGACCCCUGAAUAAAAUAAAUCUGUUAUAUGCGCUCAAGUGUAUGAAUUGCACGGAUAACAAUCUUUGCAGUACGACAAUCAUCAGUUCAUAUAUAUUGAUGUCAAAUUAUGGUCCAUUUUUUGUUCAACAGCCAAAUUUCAGUGUGUUUUUUGUCCUUUUAACUGGAAAGGAGGUGCCAUGGUUUUUAUUGAAAGCUUGUUUCUGCCACGGUUAAAAAUAUUUUUUAAAAAAGGUAAAUGCGACUUUUUAUCUGACGAUUUUGACUAUUUUUAUAUACUUUAUAUCUUGCAGUUUUUUGGGGUUUUUUUUCAGAAAAAAGUCAGAAAUGUGAGAUGUAAAUUCAGAAUUCUGACUUUUUGUCUUGUAAUUGUGUUUACAUCUCACUUUUUUCCACUAGACAGCAAUUUUUCUCUUUAAAAAAGUCAGAAUUGUGAAAUGUGAACUUAUAAUUCUGAAUUAUCUUGUAAUUCAGUUCACAUCUUACAUUUUUCCCACCAUACAGCAAUUUUUCUCAGACCAAGUAAAUAUUGUGAGAUGUGAACUCAGAAUUUUGACUUUUUUUUUCUUGUAAUUCGAUUUACAUCUCACAUUUUUUCCCCACCAGGAAGUAAUUUUUCACGGAAAAAGACAGAAUUGUGACGUGAUCUUAGAAUCUGGUUUUUUUUCUCAUAAUUUACUUUACAUCUCACAUUUUUUCCUACUAGACAACAAAUUUUCUUUUUAAAAAAGUUAGAAUUGAGAGAUGUUAACUCAGAAUCUGAUUUUUUUUGUCAUAAUUCAGUUUACGUCUUACAUUUUUCCCACUAGACAGCAAUUUUUCUCUUUAAAAAAGUCAUAAUUGUGAGAUGUUAACUCAGAAUUCUGAAUUAUCUUGUAAUUCAGUUUAUCUGAAUUACAUUUUUUCCCCACCAGAUGGCAAUAUUUCUCAGAAAAAAAAGUCAGAAUUGUGAAAUGUGAACUCAGAAUUCUGAUUUUUUUCUCAGUUCACAGCUUACAUUUUUCCCACCACACAGCAAUUUUUUUCAGACAAAGUCAAUAUUGUGAGAUGUUAACUCGGAAUUCAGAUUUUUUUUUCUUGUAAUUCGGUUUUCAUCUCACAUUUUCCCACUAGACAGCAAUUUUUCUCGAAAAAAAAAAAAAAAGUCAGAAUUGUGAAAUGUGAACUCAGAAUUCAUAUUUUUUUUUCACGUAAUUCAGUUCACAUCUUACAUUUUUCCCACCAUACAGCAAUUUUUCUCAAACAAAGUCAAUAUUGUGAGAUGUGAACUCAGAAUUCUGACUUUUUUUUGUAAUUCUGUUUACAUCUCACUUUUUUUCCCCACCAGGCAGUAAUUUUUCACAGAAAAAAGACAGAAUUGUGACAUGUGAACUUAGAAUCUGAAUUUUUUUCUCAUAAUUUACUUUACAUCUCACAUUUUUUCCUACUAGACAGCAAUUUUUCUGUUUAAAAAAGUCAGAAUUGUGAGAUGUUAACUCAGAAUUCUGAAUUAUCUUGUAAUUCAGUUUAUCUGAAUUACAUUUUUUCCCCACCAGAUGGCAAUAUUUCUCAGAAAAAAAGUCAGAAUUGUGAAAUGUGAACUCAGAAUUCUGAUUUUUUUCUCACUUCACAUCUUACAUUUUUCCCACCACACAGCAGUUUUUUUUCAGACAAAGUCAAUAUUGUGAGAUGUGAACUCGGAAUUCAGAUUUUUUUUUUCUUGUAAUUUUGUUUACAUCUCACUUUUUUCCCACCAGACAGCCAUUUUUCUCAAAAAAAAGUCAGAAUUGUGAGAUUUCAACUCAGAAUUCUGAAUUUUUUUCUCAUAAUUCGGUUUUCAUCCCACAUUUUUCCACUAGACAGCAAUUUUUCUCGAAAAAAAAAAAAAAAGUCAGAAUUGUGAAAUGUGAACUCAGAAUUCAUUUUUUUUUUUCACGUAAUUCAGUUCACAUCUUACAUUUUUCCCACCAUACAGUUUUUCUCAGACAAAGUCAAUAUUGUGAGAUGUAAACUCAGAAUUCUGAAUUUUUUUCUCAUAAUUCGGUUUUCAUCCCACAUUUUCCCACUAGACAGCAAUUUUUCUCAAAAAAAAGUCAGAAUUGUAAAAUGUGAACUCAGAAUUCAGAUUUUUUUCAUGUAAUUCAGUUCACAUCUUACAUUUUUCCCACCAUACAGCAGUUUUUCUCAAAGUCAAUAUUGUGAGAUGUGAACUCAGAAUCCAGUUUUUUUCUUGUAAUUUGGUUUACAUCUCACAUUUUUCCCACUAAAUAGCAAUAGCAAAAUAGCAAAAAAAAAAAAAAAAAAAAAAAAAAAAAGUCAGAAUUGUGAGAUGUUAACUCAGUAUCUGAAUUUUUUCUCGUAAUUCAGUUUUCAUCUCACAUUUUCCCCACCAGACAGCAAAUUUUCUCAGAAAAAGUCAGAACUGUGAGAAGUGAACUCAGAAUCUGAUUUUUUUCUCAAAAUUCAGUUACCACCAGACAAAAAUAAAAAAGGUGAACUGUGACUUUUUAUCUCUCAAUUCCAACUUGCAAACCGAUAUCUUGCAAUUGCAAGUAAAUUUUUUUCUACAUUUGUUUCCCUCAGAAUUGCAAUUUUUCUGAAUUCUGUUUGUUUCGACCACAAAAUUUCCCAUUGACCCUUUGCAGGGAGUUUAAUUGACAGGCGAUCUGACCAAUCAUAAUGCAGAAUCUGCCAUUUUGUCCGAUAAACAAACCGGAUAGGAGAGAUUAAUAUCGAAAAUGAUGUGUAUUGACAUCUUUUUGCGGUUGAAACAAGAUAUCUUCAUUCAUGUUUACUUCAUACUAAAACUAGUGAAGACGCAGUUCUUUUUUCCACAAAAUUGGGAGAGAAAGGUCCAAUUGUGACCUCUUUUUUUUAAUCUCGUAGAGGAAACAAGCUUCCAUAGUUUCUGAAUCUGGCCCAGUGUCUGCGAGUGAUAGUGAAAGUUACAGAGUGUUUGAGUGUUUGAGAAACAGAUGGAGGACCAGACAUGGCGUAGUCGUGACGCUGAGCAGCUGUUGUGCUCUGCUGGAGUUCCAGUAUUAAUAAGAAGAUUUAAAUGUCAUGUAAAGUUAGUUCGAUGUCAUAAUAGAAGGCUGGUGGUCAUGUGAAUAUUACCCAGAAAGAACUCGGUUACCUUUAGUGUAGGAAGGACCUUUAGUUUUCCCCAUUUUGUUGUGUAUUUCAUGCACUGUUCAUAAAUGGAAUAUAAAAUAAGGCAGACAGUGGUACAUAACCAUCCACAUCGUAUAGCUUUGUCAACUGAGCGUCACGCAUCAUGCUGUAUCAUUGCGUAGUAGAACUUUAUAUUGGAAUAUAACCAGUCUGAAUGGACAGGUGGACGUUUCGUAAUGAUUUAACAAUCUCCAGAAGCUGUUUAUAACCAAAGACAUGUGGCAAUGUACUCAAUCAGUUACUUUAAGCUGUGCCAUUUAUUUUACUUUACCUGUAUCAACGAGUUAUUGCUGUUUUUGACAGAUAGUAAGACACGUCUAUGACAACUUUAAUAUAUUGUAAUCUGUAUUUUCUUAUUGGUCUGUUUAUGUAGUAAUAUAUUUUCACACAUGCAGCUGACUUGGAACGUUAAAAAAAGACUACAUGGAAGGAUUUUGAUAAGAAAAGUUUUUUAUUAUCAUAUGUUAUUUUUUCAGUGUAUGCACAAGUGAAAAAUAUAAUAAAUGUAAAGUCAUGGUACCAAAUCUGAA